AUGGCUUUUUAUGGUCCUUCAUCUCCCAAUGAGACACAUUAUGAAGCAUUAUUAAGUGCGCGACAACGAUUUGGUAAUUUAAGUGCUAAUAUGUUCUUUGUACGUCCUGCUCGUCAUAUUGCUUGUCCAAGACGUUUAAAAUAUAUUCAUGAUAUUGCAACUGGAUAUAUUCCAUAUGUUGAAGAUUCCAAUAAUAUAAAUCAAUCAUCAUAUAGAUAUGUAUUAAACCAAAGAAAUGAUAAUGAUAUGAAUAACGCCAAUGGUUUCGGUUUUUACAACGUAGCUGAUUCGUGGCGUCAACAAUUGAUGGAAUUAGCACAACAAGUAAAAACUUCUCUUACACCAGCUGAUGAACAAGAACAAUGUAUUCGUUCAUCUCGAUCAGCUCGUUUAAGUAAACAUCGUCAUAAACGAAGUUGUACUACAGCAUCAAAUUGUAAUGUUGAAGAGAAUGAUGAACAAAAUAUUUCGAAACGAUUAUUAAAUCGAAAUGCAAGUCCACGUUAUCAAUCUCCAAGAAUAACUAAAUCUAAACUUAAUGAAAAAACUGAACAAGAACAACCAGGUAAUGAUGAAAAUCAAGAUUCUGGAAUUUGGUUAAUUCCAAUUCUUUGUUAUAUUUUACAAAUGGACAAUGUAGCUGAAGCACAGGAGUGGCUUAUUAAUGCAAAUCCAACCGAAAAACGUUUAGCUAGAGAAUUAAUUAGUCGAACAAUGCAAGAUAUGCAAAAUCAAGACAAUGAUACUAUAUCAGAUCUUUCAACUUCUGAUCAAUCUUCAACAGCAGCAAAUUUUAAUAAUGUCUAUUGGCCAUAUAAAGUUUGGCAACGACAAGAAAAAGAUCGUCAACAACAACAAAUACAACAAUUUUUAAAACAAUCUAAAUUAAGUUCAUGUUCAUCAUUACCAUCAUUAACUGUUGAUAAUAAUGAAACAUGUGAACGAGCUACAUCACCACUUCGAAUAGUUACACCAGCUAAACGUUUAUCAACAGCAACAACAACAACACCAACAAAUAACAAUAAUUGUACUCCUGUUGAAACGAUGAUUAUUGAACGAUUACCAACAAGAAAUAUAAAUGAACGAGUAACAACAGCAAUACCUGUUCGAGAAAAUCAAAGUCAAAUGACAGAUCGAUUGACUACAGCAAAAAUACGUCCACUUUCAAGAAAUCCAACACCUGCAACAGCGAAUGUAAAUGAUCGUCCAUCUCGUCGUGGUUAUCGUGUAGCGACAUGUAUAAGUAUUUGUACAGAUAAUAAUACAAAUCCAACAUCAGCAACAUUACGAGGCAAAACUCCACUUGUUUAG